AUGUCCUCAACGCUUCUAUUUCUUCGCAACAAGAUUGAUCUAUUUCUUGAUCGUAUUGUUACGUGUGAUGAGAAAUUGAUCCUUUACGACAACAGGAGUCGUCCUGCUCAAUGGAUGGACAAGGAUGAAGCUUCCAAGUAUUUCCCGAAGCCGAAAGUGCACCCGAUGAAGACCAUGGUGACUGUGGUGUACAGGUGUAAUCCAUCACAACUUCAUGAAACUUGA